UAGAGGACAAUGAAUAGGAAAACUACAUCAAGCAAAAUGACCAAAGUUGACCAAACUAAUGGAGCACGUGGUAUUCUUCCACUGUGUUUAUCAUUAUGCUUCUAAUCGCAAGAGCGGUGCAUCGGUUUAAAACAUUCUUGUAAUCUAACCAGUGAAGCCAGAGAGCAACCAAAAACGGUUACUAACCGACAAUCGUGAAUGUAUCCGAUUUAAUGCCAAUGGAACAAAGUAUUAAUUCGCAAUUUAAAAUCCAUUAUAUUUCAUUGAUUACUAUUGUGUAAAGGAGAGAUCGUAUUUCGACUGGUGUGCAUUCGUAUUACGGUGGAUGAUUAGGAUCUCUGAUUACUAUCGAAAAUAUUAACGUCAUGCAUCCCGACGACGAUACCGAUGUUUACGGUCUUUUAACCGAAUUGAGUAAACACAUAUUCGAAACGUAUCGACAGCCUUUUCAUCGUAACGCUCUAUUCACUUACGAUCACUCUAAUAAAAUAAUCAAAUAUCUUCGAAGCAAAGCUUUUGAAAUAUUAUUGAAGAAAGUUGAUUAUUUGGACCAUAAACAAAUAGAUCCAAUAGUAGAAAUACAGAAACAUAUUUUUGUAAUGAAGCUAAGAUUAAGCCAUUCGUGUAACGCUGCUACGCUAGAGAAACUAUUGGAGGAAAUUCAAGAGCAUUCUUACUCGAAUGCAUCUAUUUAUUCUGUUCUAGAAUUAUUAGUUCAGCUGAAAAAUUUUAAUAUCGCUCCCGAGCCGAUUACGAAUAUAUUUUAUUAUGGUAAAGCUAAUCCUGCUGUACCCGAAAUCACAUAUGCCAGGGAUAAUACAUCUUUCAGAAUAUAUCCUAUGGAAUGUUUCAUGUUGUCCGACAAAUUUGAAGCGACAUUAGAAACUCAAAGGCUUCAGAUUACACGCGUCGUGCCUACUACCGUUAUGAACGAAUUACAUUAUUUGCAUGGAAUCGUGAAGUCUAAAGGCACAGUUGGAAUAGAAUCUAGAAAUGUAUCCGUUACAUCUGGCUUUAUAUCUGCUCAUGCGUUCGAUACAGAAGUCUCCGAAACAUUGAUACCCUCGAAUCAAUGUUAUCUAAAACGCUUAACCGUGGAUCCGCAUCUAUCGCGAGAAAUAGCGACUUACGAUCGCGAGGAGAAAUCCAAGUACACGUUUUCUAGCGAAAAAGACUUUUCACCGAACUAUUCGUAUUUCCCGAUGUCUCGUUCAGAAGCAGUUGCCAUAGAAAAUGAAAGUCUCCUAGGUACCUGGAAGUCUUCCGAUCACAGCGUUAUCGAUGAAUUAGACUAUCCUGCGGAUAGUUGGAAUUGGCAGUGGAAACACAUCGGUGAAAACGACACAUUCUUCUUUCAUCGUCGUACAUGGGAACGCUUUGGGGAAAUACAACAUCCGCGGGAACUAAUGUUUAUGACCGAUACAUCAACAGCUUCUGUAUAUUUGGAAACGAUCAAACGAACGAGUAGCUUACCAUUGCUCUCAGGAAAGGCGAUAAACUCUGCACUGCUUCUCGAAGAAGUUUCCGUACAAGACUUUGUUAACGACGUAAAGUCAAUGUUACUUGGAAUAGAAUCAAAUAGUUUUCACUACACGGACUGGACGGGGUUUACCUUACGAGAAAACAUCAGUGUGUACGGCGCCAGUUCGAAAUCGUUAAAAAACGUUUGUCGAGAAGCUAUUAAUUGGGGUAACUGCUUUAGAUUCUUAUCACAGUUUAUUAUGCCGAAAUCACAAAAGGGCGACACAUCACAAGAAGGUUUUAUAUUUAAGGCUGUGUGCACAAAUGUGAAGGAACUGUUGCUUCAUUAUCAAGCGGUUCUUGUAAGAAUCUUUAGUAAGACAAAUCAUUCCGAGAGGUUGUUGAAGAUAUUUCAGAAAGUGCGUCCCGUAGCCGACCUGAUCACCAAAGUUGCCGAAUUGUGCGAACCUUACAAAGGAAAUCAAUGUACACUUCGGGAAGGGAGCAGUAUUAUCGCUAGAAUUUACAAUGAAGCGAUUCAACUGACAAAUACCAAAGUCGCCUUGGUGUUUUAUUCUCUUUUAAAGUCUUGUUGCGAGGUUUACUUUCGGUUUCUGCAAAAGUGGAUGUUCGAGGGUAUAUGCGAUGACGUUUACGGAGAAUUUAUGAUUAAAACCCGACCGCAAUACCUACGCAGCAGAGAUUAUAAAUUUUGGACAAAAACAUUCAUCGUUCGAAACGAAGCGAUUCCUGGUUUCUUAAGCGGUUUAUCAGAAUCGAUUCUCCAAUGCGGCAAAACAGUCAGACUUCUGCGAGUUUGUAAUGCGAAGAAUCCCGUGUGCCAUGUUUGCGUGACCGAACAACCCGAAGUGAAAGUUUGCUUGAGUGUAACCGCGUUGUACGAACAGUCCUUGAAAUACCGAAAAUACGAAGAAAAAGGUAAAUCUGCCCUUGGCCCGAUACUUUCUCUGUCGAUGGCUAUACAGAGUAAAAAGCAAAUGGAAAAAGAAAUGGCCGAGUAUGUUGUUCGCGCUCAACACGAUACACUGACGAGAAUCAAGGGUAAGCUUUCAAUACGAAAACAUUCACGGAAUUGCUGGGAUUCACGAGACAGUAUUGCUGUAUCGUUUUUAGGAGAACGAGAAGCUGCAUUAAAGAAAAUAGCGCAAACGAAGCGCGAUUUUCUGACAAAUCUGAAAGAACAGUGUUCGGUUAUCGAAGCGCAUAAGAAGAAUAAGAAACAGAAGAAGGAAAAGGAGGAACUGUCCGAUGGAUUUCCUUGCGCGUUACAAGAAAACUUACGACCUGUUGAACGAACAAAUAUUUUGAAUUACUACGAGAAUCUAACUCUCGACAUUGAGAAACGUUGCAUGCGUUCUCAAUGGCGUGCCAAAAGAAUGGCAUUCUUUCACAAGAGAAUAGACGUAUUAUCUUCGACGAAACAAAAUUUGCAGCAUCAAUUAAAAAUUAAACAAGAUGGAAAAGAAUCGAAAGAGCAACAAGAAGGCCCUGUGUCAGGCUCGUGUCUUCUAACAGAAAUUCCAAUCUCGUUCGAAGACGAAAAUAAGAAUUAUGCGAGGACGUCUUGCCGAAGAACUGUUGAUACAGAGUUCGUAGUAACUCCCAAGUUACUCGAUUCACGAACCGAUCGAGACAAUUCGAAGCAACAAGAUCAGUUUGCAAAUUGUGCGAUCAUAACGAUGAGUAACAAUAACAAUGGCGACUGCGACUACGGCGACGACGACGACAGGAAGAACAAUAACAACAACAACAACAAUAAUAACGUCAACGACAACGACAACGACAACGACAAUAAUAACAACAAUAAUGACGACGACGACAACGAGGAAAACAAUUUCUGCAUUCUUUCGAACAAUCGAGGAAUAGAAAAGUCAAUAGAGAAAAAUAUAUCGAAACCGUCGGGAGAUGAGGCCAAAAUGAAAACAGCCAUCGUUGCGGAUACUAAUCAGUUGUACGCGACGAUACCUUACAUCACGCCAACGGUUACGAUCGAAAGACCUACCGUAUUGAAUGUGAAAAUUGAUAAUGCAGCAGCGAUACAGUCGUAUGUUGACAAGGACUCGGCUUGGUCUUUGGAAGGUAACAUGACACCAAAUAAUAACGAACUCGACAUACGAAGGAUAAGGAUUGCAACCGAUACAAAUGAUUUACCAAGAGACAUCGUUGACAACGCCGACGACGAUAGGUUCGAUACUGGUGCAAACGAAAGAAACGAUUUAGAAACACCCAUGUCUUGUACGACAGACAAUUUGACAUCAUCGGUGCAAAGUCCUGUAUCGCAAAUUCACCAUUCGGAAGAUCGGUCACCCAUCGAGGUUUCAAGUAUCGACAUGUUGUCCAGUAAUUCUCGUACACUUACGAAAUCGCCUACAGCCAUGAAGAAAGAUGCAACCUUUUCCGACAUAUUUGCAUUGCAACAGGACGAACCACCGCCAACCGUGACAUCGUCGACGACAACUUCUUUAACCGUUGCUGAUAUCGAAUUAAUCGAUCAUAGUUCCCUUCAAGCUUAUCUCGAGAAGUCAAUUCGCAUCCCUCUUGAAGUACAAAGUCGACUCGUUAAUAGUGCAAUUAUUAAAUAUUUUGUAGAAGAAAACAAUUUGUUAUUACAUUUACACAGUCUGCGAAGUUAUUUCUUUCUGUUGAACGGAGAAUUUGCAAAGAGCCUGACAGAUUCUCUGUACACUCGUUUAUACGAGAUCUCGUUACCCAUUGAAUUAUUUAAUUCUGCCACGUUAACGAAUCUUUUGGAACGAGCUCUUGUCAAUUCGUUCAAUAGCAUUUACGUGAAUUCGGAGCUUCUUGGUCUUUCGGCGACAAACGCACCGAUACAAUUGCACAUGUCCGAUCCUGGCACGCUGGAUUGUCUUUCGUUGAAUUACAAGAUAACUUGGCCACUGAACAUUAUAUUCGAUGAUCCAGUUAUGCAACGGUAUGGUAAAGUAUUUAAAUUUUUAAUAACAAGCGGUCGGGUAUCAUGGGUGUUGCAAGAAGAUUUCAACAUGAUGAAAAGAGAACGUAAAACACUUGCAUCGUCGUCACAGUACCACAAGGUACUGUUGAUAUGCGUUUCGUUUCAAGAACGAAGCACACUUCAAAUUUCUUCACAAUCAAACUGUUUACAGUUGCAGUUGUAUAGACAUUCGAUGACGCAAUUUAUGAACGCCUUGCAUAAUUAUUUAACAUGCAGCGUCUUAUAUGCCAGUUGGACUGAAUUCGAAAAAGAUUUGGAAAAUUCCUUGACUUUAGAUCAAAUUUAUUUAUCGCACGUUAAUUAUAUAAAACGAAUACUUUCGAGAUGUAUGCUGAACGCUCGCGGUGAAAAAGUACGCUUGUGUUUAAACAAUAUAUUCAAAGUUAUCUUAAAGUUCCAUAAUAGAUUGCGAUCUCAAACAUGGACUAUGAAGUCUACCGGAUACGUGCAUCCAAAUUUUAAAAGAUUGGAACAAAUGUAUCAAGCGUUCUGCGAAUUACGCGCAUACAUGGCGCAUGUCGCGUUUAAACUGGCUACCAGCGGUUAUCAGCCGCAUUUAAUGCAUUUCUUAAAUGCCCUUAAUAUCAAUCAUCUGUACGAUUUAACCAUAAAAUCUCAUCGGAGUUCUUCUAUAGGACCUUCCGACUUGUAACCUAUCAUAUCUUUGGUCUUCCGCGUUGUUUCAUUCUACGUUUCUUCGUGUAAAUUAUAUUUUUCAUUGUAAGUUAACGAUUAAUUAAUAAAGUAAAGUAAAAUGAAACACAGAAGAAGGAAGAAGGAAGAAGGAAGAGGAAAGAAGAAAUGAAAGAUGAAAGAUGAAAAUACCUGUGUUUUACGAUAGGAUCAUACGAUCAUCGGGCCUCGAUUCGCCUUUGUUAAGUAUACUAGCGCAACGUAAACACAAGCCGUCUUUUCGAGCUUCGGGAUACCUUCUGCAUCGUUCGCAUAAUACGCUUUUGAUAUUCUUCGCUUCAACUUGCGUUUCUGUGAUUCCCUCGUCUUCGAUCAAAGUUAUCGAAGACACUUGCAAAAUUUCGCACAAUUCCGACGUCGAUUUUUCUUCUUCAUUGUGUAGAAGCUGAACAACGUAAAUUAGAACUUAAUAGAUUAGAAGAAUUCGAAUUCGAAUUUCCUUUUUAAACUCGAUUAUACUUACGGAAAGCCACGGGAAAUCGUCUUUUGUAGCUUUUAUAGUAACAGAUAACUUCCACCUAGCCCCCUUGGCCAUUUUUCCGGUUUGUUUCCUCACACGAAACGCCGCAUCUAUACGCUCUGCGAUACCCGUGUCGUUCCAAGAUUCGGGUAUCUCGUACGUGUUGUGGCAAAAUGGUCUUUCACUUUGAUCACGGUUAUCUGGGUGAUGUAACCAUACUUCUUCCACCAGGUGUGGAACAAUCGGGGCUAGAGUUCUCAAAAGUACAGUCAAAGUCCCUCUUAGAACUUGUAGAACCGCGACACGCGACGGCGAUGUCGCCUCGUCGCAAUAGAGUCUAUCCUUUAUUAGGAAACAAUACAAAGCUGACACGUCGUUUGUUACAAAGUUUAGAACGGUUUUACUCGCAUGAUGGUAAUUGUAAUUGUCGUAAUGUUGCAGCAUCUAAUAAGAGAGAAAAUCCCAUUGUAACGCGAUGACACUGUUGAAGCCAUUAACAUUGAAAAUAUAUUGGAAAAGCUCGAUACCUGUUCGUUAUAACGAUAUAGUCUGUACAGCAUAUACUUGUCGAUAAUUCGAUAGUCUGCUUCACCGUCCAUAACUGGAUGGUACGAAUGCAAAGCACCCAAAAGAAAACGCAGUAUCGAGCGUAAUUUAUUAAUAGAUUGUUCGCAACCAUCGAGUAAUGCUUUCGAAACGGGUACUUGCGUAUGCUGAGAUCCAUGACUAGCCACCCACCAUCUUUAUCAAAUUUAACGAAUAUCAUAUAAGCUGGUCAGUUAACGAAUAUCGUAUAAGUAAAAGCGUUUCGAAUUGUUAAAUGUGGCACCUUAAAACAUCGACACCAUAGAUCGGGCUUUCCUCCAAAUUUGAUCCACCUAGGAGAACGUCUUCGGGAUCGAUCACAUUUCCUAUAGAUUUAGACAUCUUCGAACCGUUUUCAUCGGUUGCGAAACCAUGCACGUACAGCGUGCUGGAAUACAGACAACUUUAAUGUAGAAAUACAUUACAAUGAAGCGUUGCGAUGAAAUUGCAAACUGUACCUCCUUCGAAUUGCUUCAUUAUUAUUAUUAUUAUUAUUAUUAUUAUUAUUAUUAUUAUUAUUGUUAUGAUUACGAUUACGAGUAUUGCUUACAGAUAAGGUGGGCAGCCUUGCAAAGCUAUGGAUGUUAUCAAAGAUGAUUGAAACCAACCAUUGAAUUGAUCAUAUCCUUCCAAAUAAAGGUUCGCUUUGCCUUCCGGUAAAACUGCUGACCACGAUAUACCACUGUCGAACCAAAUGUCCAGAAUAUCCUAAGAAAUAUUCGCACUGUUGAAAACGACAUCGAAAUACAGGAAAUUUAAGGCACGUAUAACCUUCUAUUGAAAAAUUCACCUUUCCUUUCUCUACAUCAUCCGGUGGAACAUUCAUCUCCUUAAUCGCAUCCAAUCCUAUCAACUUUUCCUCCGAAUACUUCCACCAACAAUCAGGACCGUACUCGUCGAUCGAAUGACACAGACGCUCGACUAAUGCUCUAAAACCGUGUAAUACGAGGAACGCUAAUUGAAAGAAAAACGGUAAUACGAUCAUAAAUGUUGAUAAAAUUAUAUAUAUAUAUAACAUACCUAUUUGUAAACGGUUUACCCGUUGUUUUACUAUAAACCACAGGUAUCGGUACUCCCCAACAACGUUGUCGCGAGAUACACCAAUAUGGUCGAUCUUUUAUUCCAGCGAUCAAAGCAUUUGUAAACGAUGCACGAUUACAUUCGGGAUAUAUGACUAUGUCCUUGAUACAGUCCUUAUAUAAACAUGAUAGACACACCGUUAUAAUAUUUCAUUAUUUAGUGAAAUUAUCGAAACUAUAAUUAUGAUGAACCUAACAGAAAGUACGGACAACUCUUGUAAAAAAAGAUAGAAAAGGCCUUACGAGAGCUUUAUCCUUCACAGAAUUUAUAUUGAAAAACCAUUGAUUGGAAGCACGAAUAAUUACUGGUUCUUUCGUUCGCCAAUCGUAAGGAUAACUAUGUGUAUACAUUUCGACAUGUAACACAUCUUUCUCUAAGCAGUGUAAAACUUUCUCUGUUCCUUCUGUCAAUACACUCAGUCCAUGAAACUCUGGACCAGCUACUUCCGUGAAUCGACCGUCCGCGUCUACCAUGGACACCUAUAAGAUGUACAAGAUAUUAAUGAUUACACAGCCCAUGCCAGAAAUAGUUAGUCUUAAACAUCUUCUUGAUACGAUUAAUGCAAUUACUGAGUCACUCACGACAGGCAUUUUAUUAUCCAACGCGACUAAAAAAUCUUCCCGGCCAUGUGCAGGGGCAGUAUGUACCAAGCCUGUUCCCAAAUUCAACGUCACGUGUUGCGCAGGUAAGAACGGUAAUGUUUUCUCCUCGAACGGAUGAAAAUACGUGGUUCCCUCUAAUUCCCUACCUUGAUCAUUGAUGCCAGUUACACAUAUAUUAUUCCAUUAUUUACUUCAAUUACCCACUUUUCACGUACUAGACAAACAAUCGAAUCUACCUUCGAUGCGUGUUAUCGUCUUCAGAGGACCGAUCUUUGAUUCGACAUUUUUUAAUAAAUCUUCUCCAAUGAUAUUCCAGUUUCCUUUCACAUCUUCGACGACACAGUACGUAGCAUUCGUUGCAAAACAAAGAGCCUGAUUAGCUAUUAAACUCCAAGGAGUUGUGGUCCAUGUAAGCGCAUAUACAAUACGAUUUUUUAACGAAUUCAACGUCCUAGGAAACUCAUCGAUGCGCAAACGUACAAUAACGCUUUUGCUUUGAUGCUUUUCGUUGUACUCUAAUUCAGAUUCUGCCAGUGCUGUUCUACAAUAUGAAAACAUGGAAAGAAUUUUACAAUGUUUACAGAUACAGUUGACAACGUUCCAACCCACCUAGAAGAAGGAGACCAGUAGACUGGCAUGAAAUCUCUAAAUACGAUACCCUUUUCGUAUAAUGUUAUAAAUUGAUGGAGCUGAUUCUUUAUAUACGAAGAUUGAUUUGUAAAGUAACACCCAGAUUUUUUCCAAUCAGCCGUAACACCCCACGAUUGAAAAGCUCGUCUCUGUCGAUUAACAAUUUUCUCUGCAUACUCGUGAGCUGUGAAUGUUAAAAAUUAUUAAGAAUUGUUAAAAAAGAGUAGAAUAAAACUGAAUUAAUCGAUUAGUAAUGCAUAGGAAUUCGACCUUGUUGUCUGAUUGUUAAAGGAUCUUGCACGUUAACAUCUUGAACAGCUUUCAAUUCAAUAGGCAAUCCAUGACAAUCCCAACCUGGUAUAUAAUGAACACGUUUUCCUUGCAUAAUAUUAUUCCUCAGCGUGAUAUCUUUAAGAAUCUGUAAAGUAACAAAGUAAAAUUAGACAAAGGCAAUGUAGACAUAGAAAAAUGAUCGAGCACCUUAUUGAUAGCAUGUCCCAUAUGUGGAGUUCCAUUAGCGUACGGUGGUCCAUCGUGUAAAAUAAAAUCUGGUUCACGCAAAUUGUUCCUUUGCCAUUCGUAUAAU